GUUUAGGCCGCAGUUCGAAAGAUCAUCGGUUCGAAUCCGGUCGUUGUCAUACAUAAUGUAUCUUUCUCUUUUUUUUUGCUCUUUCCUGGUUCAACCAAAACAGUAAUGCAGCCGACAGCCGACAUUGCGUCAGAUGGCACCACCCGCUCUGGCCGUAACAACUUCCCUCCCAAGUGAUCGAUGAGGGGGAGGGGUCGAGGACCCUCUGGAGCUCGUCGCAGCUCUGCCGACAGCCGAUAGACGAUUCUAUCCAGCUAUAUACAGCUGUGCUUCUGCUUCAUCAUGGAGAGCGUCCACCCCCAACUCUGCCUCACGCGACACCGCAAACAUGGGUAAACGCCCCAACUUUCUCGUUGUCGUCGCCGAUGACCUGGGCUUCUCCGACAUUGGCUGCUUCGGCAGCGAGAUUCGCACGCCCAACAUUGACAAAAUCGCCCAGCAGGGCGUGCGGUUCACGGACUUCCAUGCCGCCGCUGCUUGUUCACCCACCCGCGCCAUGAUCAUGACAGGUACCGACCACCACAUAGCCGGGCUUGGAAACCUGAUCGAAUGGACCAACAUCUCCGGCCAGAACGGCCCCAAGGGCUCCAGUACAGACACUGCUCCCCAGCGCGGUAUGCCCGGGUACGAAGGCUAUCUCAAUGAGCGGGUCGUUGCUCUCCCCGAGAUUCUGCGCGACGCCGGCUACCACACCCUCAUGUCUGGGAAAUGGCAUCUAGGACUCACGCCGGAACGCUCCCCAUUCAAGCGUGGAUUCGACCGCUCGCUCGCCCAUCUGCCCGCGUGUUCAAACCACUAUGCUUACGAACCACAGCUCCAGGAACCAGACGAGACCCCGACCUUCCUCGAGGCGAGCUAUAUCGCACUACACAUGGAGGACGACAAGUACGUUAAAAAGCUGCCCGAGGGGUGGUACUCGUCCGACGGCUAUGGCGAUAAACUGCGCGAGUAUCUCAGCGACUGGCACAAGAACAAGAAGGAAGAUGAGGAUAAGCCUUUCUUCGCGUACUUGCCCUUUACAGCUCCACACUGGCCUCUACAAGCACCCCGUGAAUACAUCGACCACUACCGCGGAGUCUACGAUGAGGGCCCCGACGCCCUGCGCCAAAAACGCCUCGAACGCCUCAAGGCUCUCGGCAUGAUUCGCCAGGACGUAGAACCCCACCCCGUCGUCGUCGACGAAGGCGAAGGCAAGCCCUGGGAAACCCUCACGGCAGAAGAAAAGAAACUCUCCUGCCGCGCAAUGGAAGUCUUCGCAGGGAUGGUCGAAUGCAUCGAUGCCAACGUCGGCAAAAUAACCGACUACCUGGCCUCCAUCGACGAACUCGAUAACACCUUCGUCUGCUUCAUGUCCGACAACGGCGCCGAGGGCGCCGCAUACGAAGCCUACCCGCUCGUCCAAUCCGGCGUCCUCCCGCACCUCCUCAAAUACUAUGACAACAGCUACGAGAACCUAGGCAACGGGGACUCCUUCAUCUGGUACGGUCCGCGCUGGGCGCAGGCCGCCACUGCCCCAUCCCGCCUUUACAAGGCAUACACGACAGAAGGUGGCGUGCGCGUGCCGUUCCUCGCGCGCUUCCCAUCCUCUGUCCAAACAGCCGACGGCGCGCGCAACGGCGCAAUCACCGACCAAUUCGCAACAGUUAUGGACCUGGCCCCCUCGAUCCUGUCCAUGGCUGGGAUCUCACACCCCGCGCCUGAAUACCAGGGCCGUGAGGUUGUUCCGAUGCGCGGGAAGAGCUUCCACGCCUGGGCGAAGGGUAGUAGCCCGCGUAUCCACGAGAAAGACUUCAUCCAGGGUUGGGAGACAUGCGGACGGGCUGCCCUGCGCUUCGCGGACUGGAAGAUCGUGUAUAUACCCAAGCCGAAGGGUCCAGAGCGGUGGCAGCUGUAUAACCUGGUUGAAGAUCCCGGCGAGGUGAAUGAUCUGGCAGAGAAGUAUCCCGAGCGGCUGGAGAAGCUGCUCAAGCUUUGGGACCAGUAUGUUAUCGAGACUGGGGUUAUUCCGUUGAACCCGGAUCUGGGCGAGUUCAUUGAAGCGACGGAGGCGCAGAUGCCCGAGAAUGCGUGGAUGGAGUAUGAUUAUUGGAAGAUUGGGGCGAGGGAUGAGCCUGAGAAGUUUACGCGGAAGCCGCCGAGGUUUCAACGAACUGUUAAGCAGUUUUAGGUAUAACAAGGCAAUAAAAUGAAUAUGUACAUAACACGCUUUUAGUAAACGAUCUCAGAUCUGUCGUGCCAUAACUUAGAUGGAAGUAUAUAUACAGUUAUAUCAUUACAAAGAAAUCCGCAAACAGCUCCCGGCGCACACACCUCGAAUCCGCCCACGUCCUUGAUGUAUCCUGGCGCCUCGUCAUCUCCUCAAGCAGCACUAACGCCUUCCCUGUGUUGGGGUGCCCCAGUCCCGGGCCCAGUGCCGCCAUGCGCUGUAUCUCAGCGACGAUCC